AUGAGCGCUCUCAGCAGUCCCGUCGCUCUGCUUAAGGCGCUUUUACCGAGGGUCCCUCUCAUCCUGCGAACCGUUCUUCUCCAUGUCAUCGGCCAGUCGCCUGGCUCAGGGAAGCAAAACUUCCGAACCGAGUUGACUGUCGCUAUCGUCCGAUCCUUCAUCACCGGCCGCGGCGUCCCCGUCGGCAAGCAGCAGAAAGGGACACUGCGCGACCCGGGGAUAAAGGGCCGAUUAUGGGUGUCGAAAGUGAGGAUCCCGCAGCCGGAGUUGGAUGUUCAGGACGCCGUCAUCAAGGCGAUCGAGGAGCUUAAAGAAGGAGGCGAGACAUAUGAUAUUCCUGGUGUUGGACCGGUCGAGGCUGAAUGGACGGGGUAUCGCAAAGGCGUGGAUAAGAAUGCGCCUGAGCCGGAGUUGUCGGAGGAGCAGAAGUAUGAGGCGUUGAAGAAGGAGAAUAAUGCAGAUAUGGUUGUUCUAUACUUCCAUGGAGGUGCAUACUACCUCAUGGACCCGUGCACCCACCGCCCAACAACAUCCCAACUAUCCAAGCGCACAAACUCCCCAGUCCUUUCAGUCCGCUAUCGCCUCGCUCCUCAGAACCCAUUCCCCGCCGCCCUUGUCGACGCCCUCGUCGCAUACCUCUACCUCGUCUCUCCUCCCCCAGGGUCCUUCCACGCCCCCGUCCCUCCCAACAAGAUCGUCCUCGCCGGCGACUCAGCCGGCGCAAACCUCAGCAUCGUCCUCCUCCAAACACUCCUCACUCUCCAACGCACCUCCACCACCAUCCGCUUCCACAACCAAGACAUCUCCAUCGCCCUACCCGCCGGCGUCGCCCUCUCUUCCCCCUGGUGCGACAUCUCCCGCUCCAUGCCCUCCGUCGUCAAAAACGCCGUAUACGACUGCCUCCCACCACCAACCCCCCCCUCCCCAACCCCAGAACCCUUCAUGCCACCCCCCGUCCCAGCAGACGACAUCUGGCCCGCCUCCCCUCCCCGCGUCGACUACUUCGUCAACGCCCCCACAGUCACUCACCCACUCGUCUCCCCCCUCGCCGCCCCCUCACCCCUCUGGAAAUCCAGCCCCCCCAUCUUCAUCUCCACCGGCGAAGAAGGCCUCAGCGACGAAGACCUCAUCCUCGCCCGCCGCAUGCACCAAGCCGGCGUCCCCGUAAUCGCCGAACAAGUCGAAGGCAUGCCCCACUGUUUCGGGAUGAUGAUGCCCGGUGCCACCGCGAGUAAAUCCUUCUUCGACUCGAUGGGUGCGUUCUGCCGCGCCGCGGCAGCGGGGACGGCCAGUGACCGCGCGAACGGGAAAUUGAAGUUCAUCGGCUUUACCCCUAAGACUAGUCGGGAGAUCCCGCUGGAGGAGGUUAGUCCGUUGUCGGAUACUGAGGUUCAGGCGUUGCUGAGGAAGGCGAGGGAGUGGAGGGUUGAGGGGGAGAAGGUUCUUAGGUCGGAGUGGAGUGCUACCGGUAAAGAUAAGGAUCGGGCGAGAUUGUAG